GUCUCGGUGAGCCCGGAAGGCAAUAGGAGGCUGGGACCCUGGCACGCGGAUGCGGGAGCAGGGAGGGCGAGUCCGUGGGAGCUAGCGGCUGACUGCGCAGCGGGAUCAGGAGCCCGUGGCCGGGCGCCGGGCAGGUGCAGCAUUCGCGGUGCGAUUCGAGGUUCUCCGGCUCCGAAGCAUCCCGUGUGGCCGUGACCGAAAUACCCAGGGGAGGUGUGGACCGAACACACUCCUCUCUUCUCCCGGUGGUUGCGCGAGGCCGAGCUAACCCUGCUGUAGAUAGGAUCUCUCUACAUAGCCCUGACUGUCUCAGAACUCAACCUGUACACCAGGCUGGCCCCAAACUCACAGAGAUCUGCCUGCCUCAGCCUCCCAAGUACUGGGAUCAAAAGCGUGCUCCAUCACACCAGUGACUCGGUGUCUUUUAUGCUUGGAUUAGAAAAGGUGUUGUAAUCAAGGUGAUUCCACUGUUGCUAACCAUGGCAUCUGGAGAUGACAGUCCUAUCUUUGAAGAUGAUGAAAGCCCUCUUUAUAGCCUGGAAAAAAUGACAGACCUUGUAGCUGUGUGGGACGUUGCAUUAAGUGAUGGAAUCCACAAGAUUGAGUUUGAGCACGGGACCACAUCCGGCAAACGAGUUGUGUACGUGGAUGGGAAGGAAGAAAUAAGAAAAGAAUGGAUGUUCAAAUUGGUGGGCAAAGAAACCUUCUAUGUUGGAGCUGCAAAAACUAAAGCCACCAUAAAUAUAGAUGCUGUCAGUGGUUUUGCAUAUGAGUACACUCUGGAGAUCGAUGGGAAAAGCCUUAAGAAGUACAUGGAGAACAGAUCGAAGACCACCAACACCUGGGUGCUGCACUUGGACGGCGAGGACUGCAGAGUGGUUCUGGAGAAAGAUACUAUGGAUGUAUGGUGCAAUGGCCAAAAAAUGGAGACAGCAGGCGAGUUUGUAGACGAUGGGACUGAGACACACUUCAGUAUUGGGAACCACGAUUGUUACAUAAAAGCCGUCAGCAGCGGGAAGAGAAGAGAAGGGAUCAUCCACACACUCAUUGUGGACAACAGGGAGAUCCCAGAGGUCUCUCAGUGACUGCUUCUGAAUGAGUUCUGGGCUGAAGAGCUGACGUCAGGACUUACCAUGGUAAUUAAAUGUGUUCACGCUGUACAUAUCUGUAGAUUUAAUCUGCGAUGUUUUUAUUUUUAUCUUUUGUUACUUGAAACUGUAAUAUUCCAAUGGUCAAGAAAAAUGGAAUCAUAAAAAUUUAUUUUUUAACUAAUGUGUUUCUAAUUCAAAUGGAAAAUAAAAUAUGGACCCAAACCACUAACAUCUCACCACAGUAACCUUGACUACAGCAAACACUGUAAAAUAAAAUGGUGCUGCUGGCUGUGUCCUACA